GUCGAUUGCAACACUUCUGUGCCAGUUUGUUGUUAGUUAUUAUUUUGCCUUAGCUUUAGUAGCCAAAAGUAAUAUAUACAAAAUAUAUAAAAAAUAUACAAAAUACCAAAUAAAAAGUGAAAUAAGAAAACAAGGCGCUCCGCUUUUAUAACGAAACAAAGUGAGAUUCAGUGGUUUCGUCCGUUUCGCGUGUGUGACUCUGUGCUUUUAGCCAAGUGUUUGGUCUGGUCACCAGGCGAUCAACGUCUAUCUUACGGAUACAUUUCACAAGAAUUUGUAAUAAAAGAGAUCAUAGAUCCGAUUUGGUGUUAAUCGAGAAAUAAAGCCGGCUUUUCAUUAACCCAGGACAAAUACACAAAAUAUUUUAAGCAAAGCGUCAACCGCACACUCCAACGCCGAACAAGCUCAAAGCAGCCACAAGCCUUGGCCCACGUACUUAGAAGAGAAUAUAGUCGCAUAGUCAAAUAAAUAGCGCGAACUGAUUCAUUCAAAAAAGCAAUUUAUAGCGAAUAAACUGCGAGUGAUUAUACAGGUUGUCGCACUCUAGAUAUUAGUGUAUACUAAAACAAAAAACCAUAAGAAAACAAAAAACAAAAAAAAACAAAAAGAAACGCAAGUCAUACGCAUAAAUCCAAAGGAUAUUCUGAGCCCAAAGGUAGUGAUUAAAAACCGCCAAAAUUCUUCCCUUUGCAAAUUUUAAAAUACAACCACAGCCAAUGCACAAGAUGGCAGCACCGGCCGGAGCAGCGCCGACGGCGGCACUUGAGGCCCCACUAUCCGCCCCAAAGUAUGGCACGCUUAUACCAAACAGAAUUUUCGUUGGCGGCAUAAGUGGCGACACAACGGAGUCGGAUUUGUGCCGCGUCUUUUCCGCUUAUGGCAAUGUGAAGUCUACCAAGAUCAUCGUGGAUCGUGCUGGAGUCAGCAAGGGUUACGGUUUCGUCACUUUCGAAACAGAACAAGAGGCUCAAAGGCUGCAGACUGAUGGUGAAUGUGUCGUGCUAAGGGAUCGAAAACUGAAUAUAGCUCCAGCUAUCAAGAAACAAUCGAUCGUUGCAACGAAUGGUGCUGUCUAUUAUACAACAACACCACCGGCCCCAAUUAGCAAUAUGCCCAUUGAUCAAUUCGCCGCCACGGUUUAUCCGCCAGUUACUGAUUUUACAGCAGCCGGCGUGCCAACAAUUUACCCACCUUCAAUGCAAUAUCAACCAUUUUAUCAGUACUAUAGUGUGCCAAUGGUCAGUGCGGCGAAUGUACCCACCAUUUGGCCACAGAAUUAUCAAGGUAUUUAUCCAUGUUAAUUUUGAGGGUACUAACGACAGCAUCCAUACCCACAACUAUGAUCACACGACUACAAUAAACAACAAGAACAACAGCAACAUUGAUGCUACUACAUUUUAUGCGUAUAAAUAUUUGUAAAGAUGAAUAUUUAAUGUUUCUUGGUGACAGCCAAACAAAUUCACAAAUUGUAAGAGACACAACAACAAAGACACAACUUUAUAACAAUAGCUUCCUUUACUACUACUACAACUACAACUACAACAAUAUCUACGAGUUCGAAAACCGAGAAAUUAUGAGAAGAACAAAAUAGCAAAAACAAAAAAAGCGACAUAAAACAAUAAUUUAUUUGCGGCAAGAAGAAAUUGUUCGCUUUUUAAACACAAAAAAAUGAAGACGGUGGUGCAAAAUGUCGAACCGUUACACCGAUCAAUGCAUAGAUGGUAGGACACUAAAAAGUGCACUAGCAGCGGCAAAGAGGCGAUAAUAGUCGAGAGUCAGAAAUAGUCGAUGGGAUCAGGUCCAAGCAAGGAUGUUUUCUAACCAUAGUAAAGGCUGCUUUAGUCAUUAAAUAAUUCAACGUAAAAAAACAUGGACUGAAAUCAGGGCCGCCGUUUAUUAAGAGAAUGAUUUAAAAUACGCGCACAUACACACAAAUACAUACAUUACAAAACAUACAAACCUUUAAAGUACGACACAAACUCUUAUUUUAUUUGUGUACAUUAACAUGAAAACGUACAGUUUAGAUAUAGAAAAGUAUUGAUAAUUGAAAAUUAUGGAGAAGUUAAAUGAGCAAGUACGCGAACGUAAUAGAAGAAGAUGGAAAGAAAUACUAAA